AUGGCGCCGUCAAAGAUCCCCCCGAGUGGCGUCUGGUGCCCGGCCGUGACGUUGUUCAACCCUGAGACGGACAGGUUGGAGCUCGAUGACCAGGCAAAGUACUAUUCGUACCUCGCAAGGUCGGGACUGAGCGGGCUGGUGAUCCUGGGGACGAACGCAGAGACAUUCCUCCUGACGAGGGAGGAACGCAAAGAACUGCUUGCCACGGCGCGGCGGGCGGUGGGGCCGGACUACCCGAUCAUGGCGGGGGUGGGCGGCCACUCGACGCGGCAGGUGCUCGAGUUCAUCGACGACGCGGCGGCGGCGGGGGCCGACUACGUGCUAUGCCUGCCGCCGGGGUACUUUGGGAAGCAGACGACGGCGGCGGUGGUGGAGCGCUUCUUCGACGAGGUGGCGGGCAGCAGCAAGCUGCCGAUUGUCAUCUACAACUUCCCGGCGGUGUGCAACGGCAUCGACCUGGACUCUGGGACCAUCACGAGGCUGGCGCAGCGGCACGGGAACAUUGUCGGGGUCAAGCUGACGUGCGGGUCGGUGGCCAAGAUCGUGCGGCUGGCGGCGGUGCUCCCGGCGGACGAGUUCGCCACGUUUGGGGGCCAGUCGGACUUCCUGCUGGGGGGGCUCUCGAGCGGGUCGGCGGGGUGCAUUGCCGGGUUCGCCAACGUGUUCCCCCGCAGCAUCUCGCGCAUCUACCAGCUGUGGCACGAGGGCAGGACGGACGAGGCCAUGGCGCUGCACCGCAAGGCGGCGCUGGCGGAGCAGCCGUGCAAGGCGGGCAUCGCGGCCGUCAAGUAUGCCGCGUCGAUGCACUCGGCCAGGCCCGCCGGCCUCGGGGACGCGGCCCACAAGUUCAAGCCGCGCAGCCCGUACCUGGAGCCGUCGGCCGGCGACAAGAAGGUCAUCGACGAGACGCUCAAGGAGCUGGCCGCGAUUGAGGCGGGGCUCGAGUGA